AGGCGCCACUUCAGGCGCGUGAAGCCGCUCCGCUGAGUUAUAAUACGGCAAACGCACUUCCUCUCACUUCAGUGCUCAGUGCAGGACGCGUUACUUACCGAGCUGAAGCUGAUUUCUUCCUGAGCUCGAGUGGCUUUUUCUCUCAGUCAGAGCUGUGGGUUAAUGCGUGCGAGCUGGACUGAGGUCCGAGGCCUCAGUGGAGAUGCUCGCGCUGAACGUUACCACAUGACCGCUCAGCUGCGAGACACGGUGACGUUGACCUCGUAGCCAUGGACGUACACGUCCACAGCAACCCGCGCCUUCACUACAGGCUCAACGGCUGCCAGCAAUCUAAAGAUGAUGGCCUACAGUUUCUCAGUGUGGAGGAAAAGGAGUGCAUUCUUUUCUUUGAGGAGACUAUAGACUCGCUGGAGGAGGGUUUUGAUGAUACCACAGGAAUGACCUCCAGAAGGACCACUCCUGCUGAGGGCCUUCGAACUUCUUCUAAUUCAGCAUUAAGUCCUGUCAUUGCUGCAAAUGUUUCCCCCAGCCUAAUGGAGCAUGACAUCAUUGACUUAGUCCAUUCCCCAACUAACUUCCAUGUACCAGAUUCUCAGAACCUUGCUGUGACACCAGAGCCUCAUUAUGAAACAAUACCAAAGAAGGACCCUAUGGAGAGUGUUGUCCCAUCCUCGACUGCAAGCUCUGAUGCACGUGAGAACAGCCACCUGCCUCCUCCAGGCUCCGUUCCCACGCCUGUCGUCAUUGCCAGCAGGAUCUCCGAGCACCAGGGCACCGGUGGGAUAACUCCGUCGACACUGUUAGGCCGCAGAUGUAGCCUAGAAUCCAAACAUGACCGUCCCACGCCUGCCAGGACCCCCCGUCUCCCCAGCAAAAUCAGCAUAACACGGGGCACCCGAGAUCCCAGCCCCCACUCACUUGCCACAGCAGCCGUCAACAUUCAGGAGCGCCGCUCACAGAUGUUGGCCAACCUGCCUCCUGGUUCCCAUCCGCUAGAGGGGGGAGAACCUGCCUGCGUGCGCAACUUGCCCAUGCGCAGUGUAUCAUUCAAAGAUAUGACGCCUGAGAAGUCCAGGAUGGAGGCGCUGUCCAAGCUGGGGUUAGGAGGGGUCAAAACCCCUAAUUCGACCGCCAGCAUCGUUACUAAAGGGAGCAGCAGCACUACUUCACCUAACAGUAGUGCUUACAAAGUGAGCAGCAGUGCUAGUUCACCUGUCAGCAGCCCUAACAAGGUGAGCAGCAGUGCUAGUUCACCUGUCAGCAGCCCUAACAAAGUGAGCAUCAGCACAAAGGCUCAGAUGUCUAACAACAUGAAUACUUCGAGUAACAUUCAGAAGAAGAACAACAACACCUCUGUCACUCAGUCCACCUCCAGCAGCGGCUACGAGCCAAAACCCAAGAGUGAAGUCUCUUCCAACAGCUUUAACUAUUAUGGUGGAAAAAGCGCUUCAAUCACGCCUGUUAUUGUUAACCAAGAGAGAAGGUCUAGCAUCCCACCAGCGAGUGCUGAAGUGAAACAGACCGACUUUAACACCUAUGGUGGUAAGACCAUCGUUUUGAAUCCCACAACGAGUGUCAAGGUAGAGUCCGUCUCUUCCCCAUCUGAAAAAACACUCGAGCCAGCAGAAACCCAGUUCAACAGUUAUGGUGGCAGAUCAAGAGUUAUAAAUCCUUUGGUCAACAGAGAUACACCAGACGUGGUGAAUUGUGCCCAUAGCCACUCACCAACUAACACUGUCACACCCACUUCGUAUCAUGGUGACCCCACCAGAUCGAGAUACCCAUCCGAGCAAAGCAGCUAUGAUGCUAAACCCAAAGCGCCAACCCCUUUACCACCUGACCCAGUUUACCAGCCUAUAGUGAGGACCAGGCCUGCUACGCUGCCUCCUCCAACAACCUCCAGACCUCAGUGUCCCACUGGAUCUCUGAGGUCUCGUCCAGAUCCAGUUCCUCCAGAGAUCCUCAGUAAGCCCGUGCCGUCAUUCCGCACUCAAGGCAUCACGGUACAGUUUUCCGGCAGAGGAACGACAGGUGAAGCCAGACGAGAUGCUUUACGCAGACUGGGACUGCUAAAGAACACAUCCUAAACACUCAGUCUCAAUGGCUUUGGACAUUAUUUACUGAAAUCCAUUUUAACUAAAUUCUGAUUCUACUUUUUAAGUAAAGGCAAAAAGAUUAAAGGUUAAGUAGUUGUCCUUUAGAUAAUGGAGCUCGUCAACUGCUAUAGUAUUAUUUUCUAUUCUGAAUAUGUAAUUGGUAAUAGUUAUUUUAAUUGCAUCUAAUCUAAUGGAAAAUUAUUUAAGAAUGUAUAUUACUUAACAAUUAUGUUACAGAGCUAUUCGACAAACACUAUUUGUGUCAGGACCAAUGAGACAGGCUACCAUGAAGCCAGUCUGAAAAAGAAAAUCUCAGUAGUUCCCUCUUACAGUAAUUUCUAGGGAGACAAGUUGGCCUGAUAUACAUUCAUGGCAUUUGGCAGACUUGCAUCUUAUUUAUACAACCAAGCAGUUGAGGAUUAAGGGUCUUGUCAAAGGCCCAGUAGUGGUUGCUUGGCAGUGCUGGGAUUUGAACUGAUUUGAACUCACAACCUUGCAACCUGAAGGCUAGCAUCUUAACCACUGAGCUACCACUGCGCUACCACUGCCACAUUGAGAAUGCUGAGUACAGAAGCCAGUUUUGGUUGUUCCCUACAAUCUUUCAGCACCUGAAUGGCCUCGUGGUUGACAGUAUAUCGAUCAGCGCUGAGCAGUGUUUAUAGAAAUGGACUUGUACACAAAUGAACACUGUAUGAGUGAAUUCAACACUGCUGAUUUGGUAGCAGGUGAUCCACAUCUGGGCUGGGGAUCCGGAUCGUCACUAUACAGGACUAUAUGACAAAUAUGUCAGUGGUGAUACUAAGGCUUUCCUGAAGAUAUCCAACAUCACACAAGAUCUGAACCAGAAACCUCCUCAGCUUGACCAGCACUGAGUUUACUACUGCUAUCUAACAAAUUAGUCAUUUCUCACUCCGCUUUUGGGACUGAGUGCAGACUGGAAUGCUUCUCAUUAUCAAACCCGUGAUUAGUCAUUUAAAGACAGCAUUCUGUCUGUAGUUCUCAGCAAUUUGAUGCGCGAUUGUAAACGAUGAAUUUUCAUCUCAUUGCUUAGAACUUGCUUCUUACGCUGUGGUCAUGUCUACAGGAUAUUUUUAAAUUUGACGGCAGCACCUCCCACACUAAACCACAGCAAUCCAAAUGUAGCCUCUAUAGAUGAGGGUGGUGAUGGAAAACGUAUUUUUUCCCCCUCUUUGGUUCUGUUUCUGUUUGGAUUGGCACACUUCACUUUUUUCUGGACUUCUUCACUCUGAAUUUCUGUCUUCAUUCAUUACGGCUGCUCUUUAUAUUCAGUGAUUUCAGUAUAUUCAGUGAUUUGUGUUAUACAAGGUGUUUGUGUGCCACAAUGCAUGUGUGUAUGUGUGUGUGUGUGUGUGUGUGCGUGUGUGUGUGUUUGGAUGAAAAAAGUGAUUGAAUGGAAAAGGGUGCCUGGCUCAUGUAUGAUUUAUGUGUCUAUCUGUUUUAUUUGAUUUAUUUUUCAGUUUUAUUUUAUUUAUUUUUUCUAUAAUACUGACUCCGGUUUUUGUAGCAAUUCUACAAACAUCAUUGAAGGAUCUGAAACACAAGAAUGUGUUUUUUACACACACAUACACGCACACACAAACCAAUCCUAUUACUCAUUCUUCAUCUUUAUUUUCACAAAUUGUGCCACUGCAGUAAGAAACAGAACCAUAAACAUUGUUUUCCUUUUAUUUUUUCCAUUUAAAUAGCACCUCUACUUUGAACUAUUUUUAUAGUCAAUUAUAAGUUAUAAAGAAAUUCCUGUAUCACAGUUUGCCAUUUCUUUCCAUGAAUAAAAACAGUUUAUCACCCUCA